AUGCAAGAUAUUGCUCAAUGAAUUUCAUAUGCAAGCUCCUUAACCUCAAACAAAAGUAACUUCUUAUCCAAUAUUGAGCCCCUGAAAGAAGCUUUGAUUUCUGUCGAAGAAAUUUUAUCACAAUCAAAAAUCAAUCUUAAUGCUUUAAUGAUUUCUGAAAAUAUCAAUGAGUUAUAUUUACAAAGCCAGAUAGCUCAUGUGCAAUUACUAGCAAAAAUCCUUUUCCGGAAACGAAGAGCAAUGAUUAUAUGAUGUAUAAAGAGAUGUAUCAAGGGUAUACAAAAGUAUGAUAUGCACUUCGUCAAUAAUGGAUUACUAUAUAAUAAUGUGAAAUUUAGAUUUAAACAGAACAAAGAAGUCGAAGUGAUUUGUGCGGAUAUUUUAAAUACAAUUGAAUUUGAAAAAGAAAUUCCAAAAACAAUUGAAGAAAAUGAAAACACUGAAAGACUCAAGAGAUGCGCUGAAAAAGUAUUAAGACAUAUAAGAAAAGAAAAUGAUGCUGAUCGGAAUCAAAUUAUGAUAAAAGUUUCAGCAUAA